AUGGCACCUCCUUGUGCUUCCAGAUCAAAAGAUGACCAGGAUAAGCCACCAAAUAAAAAAGGCGCUAGCAUUGAGAAAAAGGAUGCUAGCAGUGCAAAUGAGCCCUCGGCACGAAAGACCAGAGCAUCAGGUCAAGUGUCUGGAUCAAAGAACUCAACCUCGAAUACAACUCCUGCGACGCUUCCCAGGUCAUCGAAAAUUUCCGAAGGUCCUGCAUCUGAAAGAUCACAAGACGAUAGCGGCGUAGGUGAGUCUUCUACGCGAGCCUCAAACCCACGCGCUGCCACGCGACAGCCAAUUCCACCCCCCGUCCACUCAAACAAAGAGUAUUACAAUAAAUCUUCUCGGCUGAUCAGUCCCGACAAUCCGCCGGUAGCUCAACUUCAUAAUACUCCCAGCAACAUUCAAGCUAGGAAACAAAAGAGGGCGCACAGUCCUAGUCCGCCAAAACCAGAGACUACCGAACCACAACCACUGUCCGCAGCCGUUAUGGCUUCUUUGGCUGCUGAAAAGGCCAAAUUCAAGGAAGAAGAAUUGGAGGCUAAGCGCCAAUAUAUUUAUAAAUAUAGGGGUGGAGGUUGGGACCAUCAAGACUUCAAGGAAGUAGGUCUUCGUGGUGGACGAUUAGAAAAGGGUGCUGUAACACCAACCAGCAGCCCAGUGUCGUCGUCUCAGUCUCGAUCAGAUUCUGAAUUCACCGUAUCUGGUGAUUCUCCCGUCGAAGCUAGAGGGCCUAUUAUAGCCCCUGCUUCCAGGCCUGUUGAGGCCGCACAUUCCCGUUUAGCCUCUGAGCCUAUAUCAGAACAUGGAGAUGCACCUGUCGAUGUUGAUGAGUCAGCCAUAAGUGCUGCUGCCGACUCGGUCACAUCACCAAGUUACCGUCCACUCCCGACAGCGGGAAGCUUAGGAAAUGGCAAAGGAAAGGCUGUGGCUGUAGAUGAAGACGAAGAAGAGUCUUCUGAAGAGUCAACUGAGGAUCCUGCCGAAGAUCCUACUAGCGAUGAUGAUAUCGCAGAUCAUUAUCGAGAUUCGGCCCACACCGAUGGUCAAUCUACUAUGGCUUCGAGCAGUUAUGGACCCAUCGAAAGAGAGGCCAAGAAAAUGCCAUCUGGCCAUGUUGCCAUCGACGAAGCGUCUCAUAGUCGAGCCCAAAUCUUUGUUGGAGCUCCACAGCCACAGGCUUUGACCAUAAAGAUUCGAACCGAAAAGCGCGAUGAGCACGACGUGGUAACUGCUCGAGCUUUAGUUACCCACAAAUAUACAAAAAGGUUAGAUUGGGCCAACGCAAAAGAGGUGAAGUGUCUGAACAAGUGGCGUAGCCAGAUCCUAGUUCGAGCCUUCAAGGCAAAGCACGAGCGAAGAUGGAAGUACACGCUCAGUGAGAUGAACGCUCUGUGUCACUUCCUGGAGAUCCAGCUUCUUGCACCUGGAGUAGGUGGCUUAAUGGCCAAUGUUGAUUGGGCAUUGGUCACAACCAACUAUAACAACUAUUUCCGCGGAAAGAGACAAUUCGCUGGCGAAUUAUAUGCCAGCGCUUCUUAUGCAGGCGAAGAUGGAAGAAAGACGUCUGCCGCCGGUCAACCAAUGAAGGAUGACCGUGAUGCCCCAUUUCGAUCUGAGAUAGCUUUGAAGAAUCAGAUCUAUCACUUCAGAGACCGACGAGCAGUUGAGCUUGUCAGAGACUCUAGAGGUGUAAGACCGCGGGAUGGGCCCGAGGAACCCGCUGGUGAUGAAUCACAAGAAGUUGCUGAGAAUAUUCCAUCAGUCACGCCUAGUGAAAGAUCUUCCCCCACUUCCAAAGGACCGCUUAAAAAACUGAUCUUUACGCUUGGUAACGGCAGCAAGGUAACUCUUGAGAACAAAAAGAGAGACAGCAAUGAGUCCCAGACAGAUGAAGAGAUGUGUCUACCAAGCAAGAAGACAAAGAUGAGUGGGCCUUCUCAUCUCCGUGGGGGCAGCGGUGACAUUUGGGGAGGCUCAGAGUCGAACUUCGACUACAGCGAUGAUGCUGCACCACCAACUCACUACCACAGUCGUGAGUUGCGUUCCGAUUCUCCCUUUCGACAAAGCUCCCCGUCUGAAACUGCACGAGCUUUUUCUAAUGCUCAACGUGUUUUGGGUCAAGGUAGAAGAACAGAUGGUUUCAAUAAACGAACUGUGAUCUCUCAGCCUACCUCUCCAUCUAGAAGUCAGCGGGGCUCGAGGGAGGUUGAGGAGAAUUAUGAUGAUGAUAGUGACGAUGAAGGCACAUCGUUCUCACAUAAGGCGAAUAUGAAGCCACACCUUCCUCAAGUGGCUCGAUUUCCGCCUGUAUAUUCACAGACUCGUCACCUACUUCCCGCUAUUCGACAUCCACUCCGUCACCUCCUUCCCAAUGGACCACUAUUGCCAGCUCAGCAUGGCUCGCCACAGACAGCUCCAACUUCAAACACCAAGAAGAGAGCGAGGAAUGACGGCACUGCUGACAUGGGCAACAUUAACCAACAAGUCUCAUCGAAGAGACCAAAGUUGCAAGAUCAAGAAGACGAUCAAGACGAGGAUGAAGGUCAAGAUGAGCAACGAGAUCAAUAUCAAGAUGAGCAUCCAGUUCAACAUCCAGUGCAAUUUGAACCAUUUGCAGGAGGUCCGAACCAGAUUUUCCUCGCUCCAUACCCACACAAUUCAAGUGUGGCCAAUCGGGAAGCUGCUCUUCAGUUACGAUUAAAAGCUCCAGUUAGAGGUCCAGAAGUAGUUACAAGGACACUCGGGCAAACUGGUCCCCGCCUUCCAACUCUGGAUGAUUACCUCGCCGAGGAUUGA